UCUCUUCGGUGCGGUGUGGAAAGUGCUGUUGCCCAAGAGCUCAGUGCACGGCCCCUCCUGGGCCCCUGCAUCUCAGAUCGCAGAGUUGACAGCAGCAUGUUUUGCCCGGUGAUGCUCAUCCUGCUCUUGGUGUUACUGAAUUAUUCCUGGGGUCUGAGUGAUCCGAUUGUCUCUGCCCAUGAGCUAACAGUGCAUGUGGGUGAUUCGGCUCUGAUGGGCUGUGUUUUCCAGAGCACGGAAGACAAACUCGUGACCAAGGUGGACUGGACGUUCUCCUCCGGAGAGCGCGCCAAGGAUGAAUACGUGCUCUACUAUUAUGCCAACCUCAGCGUGCCCGUGGGGCGCUUCCAGAACCGUGCGCGCCUGGCGGGGGACAUCUUGCGCAAGAGUGGCUCCCUGCUGCUCCAAGAGGUGCAAGAGGCCGACCAGGGAACCUACACCUGUGAAAUGCGCCUGGAAAAGGAGAGCGCUGUGUUCAAGAAGGCAGUGGUGCUGCACGUGCUGCCCGAGGAGCCCAGAGAGCUCACGGCGCACGUGGCUGAUUCGAUUGUGAUGAGGUGUGUUUUCCAGAGCACGGAAGACAAUCUUGUGACCAAGGUGGACUGGACGUUCUCCUCUGGAGAGCGCGCCAAGGUGGAGGCCGUGCUCCGCUACCACCCCAAGCUCACCACGCCAGGGGGGUACUCCCAGAGCUGGGGCCGCUUCCAGAACCGUGUGAACCUGGCGGGGGACAUCUCUCGCCACGAUGGCUCCAUCGUGCUCCGGGAAGUGAAGGUGUCCGACGGAGGAAGCUACACCUGCAGUGUCCACCUGGGGGACCUGGUGUUCCAGAAAACGGUGGUGCUGAGUGUGAUCCAGGAAGAAACUCGAACACUGGUGGUCCCAGCCACCGUUAGACCUGAGCUCCUGGGUGGGAAUCAGCUGCUCAUCUUGGUGGGCAUCGUCUGUGCCACGAUCCUGCUGCUCCCUGUCUUGAUACUGAUCGCGAAGAGGACCCACGGCAGUAAGAGUUCCGCAGAUUCUGCAGCCGUGGUAAAGAACCUGAAGAACACGAAGAAGGCUCAGCCAGAGAAACACGUGUACUCCUCGAUAGCUACACGGGAAGUGACUGAGGAAGAAGAUCCGAGUGGGAAAUCAGAGGCCACCUACAUGACCAUGCACCCGGUGUGGCCCACGCCGAGGUCAGAUCCGAGUAGCCCAGUGCAUAAGAAGUCAGCUGGGAGAGUGCCAGGACCGCAGCCGGCUCUGUGAGGAGAGCGUUCCCUCCUGCUCACCGUGGUGGAGGCCUGAGCCCCUGCACCUGUUGUUCCAGACCCUGCCCUGGGAGCUCCCCUCCUGCCUCUCUGCUCCUUCCUAGGGCUGACAAUGGAGGGUUUCCAGCCGAGACAGCCCUGGGGGAACAGGCCCUGAUGAGGGGAGGGGCUGGGGCACAGCCCCUGGCCAUGGGGAUCCUGGCUGAGCCCCCGCAGCAGCAGCCUCAAACACAGCCUUGGGUGGGAUCCUUG